UUCUUUUUUUUUUAUCGUAAGAUGUGACAUUGCUUCCCUAAAAAGUUGAAUCAAGAGCCAUUCCAGAAAGGAAGACUAGCUAAAAAAGGAGUUUGGGGUUUUGGAGUUCAUUACCUGACUGUUUCUUGCUGGCUUUCAGUCAAUUUUCAGAAAAUCAAAACUGGAAAAAAGUAUGGAUGCAGAGCUUAAACACAGAUGUACUCCCUGUAUGCUCAGGCAUUAGACCAAAUGAUAUAAGAAGAUGGACCCUAACAUCAUUACUGGCAUUAGAGGCACGAGAUGACAAAAAUCACUUGUUCCAUCAACUGCUAAGUGAAGACCUGAAUAGAUGGAGGCUUAAGAGGCGUUAAAGUUGUAAACCAUUUAUACGUGAAGCCCACGAGGGCCUGAAAGAGAUUGGGGAUUCUGAACCAAACCUAUGGGCAGCUUAAUGGAGUAGGCUGACUGCUGGGAAAGCUUUACAGGGUUAUUGAAAAUGCACAGCAGCAAGCAGGACCUGGUAAAUUACUAUGUUGGAAUUGAUGUUGGAACAGCAAGUGUCCGUGCGGCUUUGGUAGACCAAUUUGGGACAGUAGUGGCGCAUGCGGAUCAGCCAAUCCAAAUUUGGGAACCCCAACCAGACUACUAUGAGCAGUCCUCUGAUGACAUCUGGGCUGCUUGUUGCACAGUGACAAAGAAAAUUGUCUGUGGCAUAGAUGCUGAGAGGAUUCGUGGGCUUGGUUUUGAUGCCACUUGCUCACUUGUCGUUGUGGAUAAGCAGUUUCGGCCCUUGGCAGUCAAUUAUGAAGGGGAGCAUACUAGAAACAUCAUUCUGUGGAUGGACCAUCGUGCAGCCAGUCAAGUAGCCAGGAUCAAUGGAACUCAGCACAGCGUUUUGAGCUAUGUUGGGGGAACGAUGUCUGUAGAAAUGCAGCCACCUAAAUUGCUGUGGAUAAAAGAAAACUUGCGAAAGUCUUGCUGGGAAAAAGCUGGCUACUUCUUUGAUCUUCCCGAUUUCUUAUCGUGGAAAGCAACAGGUGUCACUGCAAGGGAACUUGGGGUGUGCUUCUGCUUGGCUCCUCCCUGCUCUUCCUUGUGGAACUGUGAGUGGGGGGAUCCCAUCACGCUAAUCCUGUUUGCUCACCACUCCCUGCAGCGUCUUACUCCAGGAAACCAAAUCCUGUCUCCUGGAACUUCUGUUGGAAAUGGUCUAACGCCAGAAGCUGCAAAAGACCUUGGUCUUCCUUGUGGGAUUGCAGUAGCAGCAUCUCUCAUUGAUGCACAUGCUGGAGGACUAGGCAUCAUUGGAGGAGAUGUGAAAGGACAUAACCUACCCUGUGAAAAUCAGCCUAUUACCUCUCGGCUUGCCCUGAUCUGUGGAACAUCUUCGUGCCACAUGGGGAUAAGUGAAACCCCCAUUUAUGUGCCUGGUGUUUGGGGGCCCUAUUACUCGGCCAUGGUACCUGGAUUCUGGCUGAACGAAGGAGGCCAAAGCGCUACAGGAAAACUGAUCGAGCAUGUUGUCCAGGGCCACGUUGCCUUCCCAGAAUUGCAAGCAAAAGCUGCGGCCAGUGCUCAAAGUAUAUAUACAUACUUGAACAGUCACCUGGAUCUGAUUAAGAAAUCUUUGCCUGUGGGUUUCCUCACUGUUGAUUUACAUGUUUGGCCAGAUUUCCAUGGUAACCGAUCUCCCUUAGCAGAUCUGACACUAAAGGGCAUGGUUGUUGGGCUCACACUGUCUCAGGGCCUUGAUGAUCUUGCCCUUAUCUACUUGGCCACAAUUCAAGCCAUUGCUUUAGGAACAAGACACAUUUUGGAAACUAUGCAGGCUGCAGGGCACCGCAUCAACACUCUGUUUCUGUGUGGUGGGCUGAGGAAGAACCCCCUCUUUGUGCAGAUGCAUGCUGACAUUACUGGCAAGCCUAUUGUCCUGUCCCAAGAAGUGGAAUCUGUUUUAGUUGGUGCUGCUAUUCUUGGAGCUUGUGCUUCUGGGGAUUUUGCUUCCAUACAGCUCACAGGUAAGGGUGCAGCUGGAACAGCAGCAGCGAGAUACACUGCUACACUGGCUUCCUUGCAGCGACAUCAGCAGACAAGCUGGCCCCUCAUUUCACUCCUGUUGCACCUGAAGAAGGAGGGAGGCCAUGGAGAGAAUGGGAAAAAUUGGGAAAGUUGUGCAGCCAAACCACAAGCAUAAAAGAUUUUAUGACAAGAAGUACGAAGUGUUUCUGAAACUCGUGGAACAUCAGCGAGAGUAUAAUGCUAUCAUGCAAGGCAUUUAAUUCACAGUCAGAUAAUCUGAGAACUGUGGGCAUCCCAGCUUUUCCAGAGACUUGC